AAACCGAAAAGAAUAAAAACAAGAAGUAUAUCAGUCCUAGAGAAACUAAAAGAGAUCAGGAUAAACAGUUGAGUUAAUGCAUCAAUGGAGAAACCAGCUGUCCAGUGUGUAGAUGAAGCUGCAACAAAGGUGCAGUCUUCUCCUGCAGCUCGCAGCAAUAACAAUGGCGGUUGGAUAUCCUUCCCCUUCAUCAUAGGGAGCAUGGCAGGCUUAUCACUAGCAGCAGCAGGAUGGAAUAACAAUUUGAUAGUGUAUCUAAUACAAGAAUUCAACAUGAGUAGCGUAAGUGCUGCAAAAGUGUACAAUAUGGCGAAUGGGUGCAGCACUAUUUUCCCAAUUUUGGGUGCCGUAGUUGCCGAUUCUUUUCUUGGCUGUUUCUCCGUCAUCUGGAUUUCUUCUUUCAUCUCUCUGCUGGGAGCACUGCUUCUCACAUUCACAGCAGCAAUUGAUACAUUGAGACCUCAAAAAUGCGGUUAUGGUUCGGACGAGUGCAGAAAUGCAUCAACGUCCCAACUUACAUUCUUAUAUGCAGCUCUAGCGCUAGCAUAUUUGGGCAAUGGGGGUACACGUUUCACUAUUGGAUCAAUGGGAGCAAACCAAUUCCAGAAGCCAAAGCAUCAAGCAAUUUUCUUCAACUGGUAUACUUUCGCACUCUACACAUCCAAUGUCAUUGGCAGCACAGUCCUUUUAUACAUUGAGGACAAUGUUAGUUGGGUAUUGGGGUUCGCCAUUUGUGUCGCAUUCAACAUUAUUGGCUUGGGUAUUUUCUUGUCUGGCCAACGAUUCUAUCGCCAUAUUGAGCCACAACAUGAAAGCCCCUUCGUCAGUUUGGCUCAGGUCGUCAUCGCUGCCAUUAGGAAGAAACCAUUCUCUUUAGGAGGUGAACAUUAUUACCAUGGCACGAAAUCACAGGACAGUGCUACGAGAACCGAUUUCCCAAAACCUUGCAAAUUCUUCAGGUACCUGAACAGGGCGGCUUUGGUCACGGAAGGAGAUAAGAAACAGGAUGGCCUCAUUGCCGAGCCUUGGAAACUAUGUACAGUGCAACAAGUGGAAGAUCUCAAAACAUUGAUAAAACUCUUCCCACUAUGGACUACUGGUUUGUUUCUGUACACCCCACUAGUCAUACAAGCAAGUUUAGCAAUCCUGCAAGCUCUAAAAAUGGACCGACGUUUCGGAUCCCAUUUCAAAAUCCCAGCUGGUUCUGUUGUAGUCUUUACAUUGAUCUCCACAUGCAUAACCAUUACCUUCACGGACCGAGUCCUAUUCCCUUUGUUGAAUAGAUGCAUUCGUAGCUCUCUAACACCACUUCGACGGGUUGGGAUAGGCCACUUGCUAACGGUCGUUAGCAUGGCCUUAUCCGCCCUGGUCGAAUCAAAGAGGAUAAAAAUAGUGAAAUCUCACCAUCAAAACAAUGUUGCAGCGCCAAUGUCCGUGUUCUUGUUGGCGCCACAGCUAGCAAUUACGGGCAUCGGGCUAGCUUUUCAUUCUCCAGGAUAUGCGGGAUUUUAUUACCAAGAAUUUCCAGCGUCCCUGAAAAGCACGUCUACGGCAGUCGUGGCGGUUUUUGUAGGCGCAGCAUUUUAUUUAGGGAACGGGGUGAUGGACCUGGUUCAAAGCGUGACAGGAUGGUUGCCGGAGAAUAUUGAUAAUGGUAGGUUGGAUAAUGUUUUCUGGGUGGUAUGUGUUAUAGGGGCUGCGAAUUCUGUGUAUUACCUAGUAUGUGCUUCAUUGUACAAGUAUAAAAAUGUAGACCAGGAAGUAAAUGAUUCUAUUGACAAAAUAGAUAGCAAUUAGCACAAAUGAAGUAGGCCUGGAUUCAUGUAAAAUUGAACAAGCAGUUCAUGACCCUUUAAGGUAUAAAACAAUCAGUUGUUGCAUUUGUAUCGGUUUAA